AUGGAGAACCUGUGCAUCAAGCUAUGCCUCCUGCUCUUGACCUCAAUCACAACACAGCAGUACGUAUGGCGAGAUCAUAGAUUACCGGAAGACACGGAAUGUCCAACUGGAUUCCAGCGCAGGGGCCAGGUCUGUUACCACAUCAGUUCAACGGCCACAGUGUCACGUGACGAUGCCCGAAGCAGAUGCGCUGGUCUUAAUUCUCGCCUGAUUGAGAUUACGUCAUCAGAAAAAGACGCAGUCAUUCGAUCCCUGGCGCUCGCUGAGAACAAGACGCACAACUACUGGAUUGGGUUGGAGCAGCGAAAUCAUACUUUACGUUGGAUGGAUGGUUCACCCUUGAACUUAACCGUUUGGUCCAUUCGUCAAACGCAAAGAGAUACUGUAAUUUCAGACUGUGUACGAACCAUACCUCCGUGGAACCACUGGCACGAGACUAACUGCAAUCAUACCUCCCAAUUCCUCUGCGAAGGGAAAAUCGCAGGUCGGUAA